UAGACCUUUCCAGUUCGCCGAGCGGUAUCGCGGCGCCCUUUCGAUACCUUCAAAAUAACAUUAGUGUUGCUAAUCUGAACACAAAGUCACGGCUAUGCUUUCUGUUUGAAAACCUACUACUCUGGUUGAAGUCAGUUAGCAAUGAGUUUGUUAAGAACUUUUUGGUCUUGGCUUCAGCAUCAUUUAUUUGGUUUUCCCACGUUGCACCAUGAAAAUGACCGUUUUUGGCGGUGGUAUCGACUGAUCGUCUCAUUCUCGAUUUUCACAGUGAUUUGUACGAUAUUGGACAUCCAAAGCGAUAUCCAGUUUAUCGUUAACCUAUGGGAAAAACAUAAGCGCGUUAUCGCACUGGCAUGGUUAGUGGGUAUUGCAAUAGUGCCAGCUCUGCCAGUGAUCUUCUCUAUAGCACGACGAUGUUGCUUUUGGCCAAAUAAAGAAGCACUGGAUGUCUUCUCGUUUAACUUAGCUUUGGCACGUCGAAUGCUAAUUAGAGCCGAACGUCUAAGGCUGAUAAAAAGAGAUGAUUCACUUGGAAAUUGCAUUUCACUUUCGACCAUGCAGCGCUUCUGGAAGAAUUUCACAAAAUGCAUUACAAAAGUGUACCCAAUAUCAUUUGCAUGCAGGUAAUGUCCUAUCCGGCGAGUUAGUAACGCAAAUGCGCAACGAAGCUGCUAUUAUUUUUCAGAGCUGUAACAUUUUCGUGUUCUUGGACAAGUGAUGAGCGCUUUGUGCGCGGCAAAGAUGCGCAACCGUACUAUCACUAUGACAGAAACAACGAUAUUGACUUUCAAGAUCUGCAAAUGCAAACUGCGCUUUUGACGGAGAUCCAGUAUGAAUCUUGUCUGCAGCUGUUUUUAUUGGUAUUUUUGACGGAAAUUAACAUUAUAUCGGUUGCCAACACUUGGUGGCCUGCCCUAACGUCAUUUUUCUCCAUUGCUAAAUAUUACCCUUUCCGGAUGCAACUUCCGCAGAUUUGUGCAUUUAAAAACAGGAUAUUUCUCGAAAAGGAUUAUGUCGAUCUUGAGGAAGCGAAUCAAUUAUUGAAACCUAAUAUUUUGAAGUAUCUCAGGACACUGGGGAAUUUUUGCUCCAUUAUACUGCGCUAUCUAUCCAUGGUUGAGUUAGCAGCUUACAAUUGGGUAGCAUUUCUAUUAGUUCUCAUUAUCUCUGGUCUUGUAGUAAUAUUUUUUCUAUUUUUAUCCUUCCUCUGGGUUGAGCGACAGAAACCUAGCAGUCGGUCUGUUCGGAAGAAAAACCGGUAUGUUCUGCUGAUGCGGGAGAUUUUUUCUUUGAGUUGGAUGGUCGGGUCGAAACUAUGGAUCAGAAAACGCUCGUGCAACAGCACACGCGUGCAUAUAAAUGUGACCCAGAGAUGCAAACGAGCGUAUAAAAAAUUAGAUGCUGUAGUUAAACAGUCCUCAAUCGUUGUUGCCAACUUUCUUUUAAUGCCAAUUUUUACCGCUAAAACUAAAUCUGGCCAGACUCUGCAUAAUAUUGUUGGCUUUUCAUUUAUUAUUACGAACUACAUCAUAACGCAUGUCUGGAAAUGGGAGCACCCACUUUAUUAUUGGCACGAUGAGCUCACUUUUGGACCACGACGUUACAAUGCGGAUGAACACUACUAUUCAAGGAUCCGUUUAAUUGUCGGCUUGGUUUGCUUCUGGUUAAUGAACUUGACUUUUUUACUCCAGUUGAUUCUCUGCCGUGCCUCAUUCUGGCUAUGCCAUCGCCAACAGGACCGGCGGCGAGCACGGGGCUUACAAAUUUGCCAGGAAUGUUUAGUUUUCCGGAAACGCUUCUGCAGUUAUCGCCCUUGUUGGUUAUGUGAAUGGGCGUGGUGUGACAGGAACAGGACGGAAAUUGCCGUUAGCGAAUCAACUGAAAAAAAAUCUACUGAACCACUUUAUCCAGUACCCUUUUUGGAACUACCUUUGCAUAAUCAACAGUCUGUAGUGAUACUUCGAAUGCUAGCGUCCUUCGCAAGAGAUAAUGAUGACGACUUCCUAUUAUGUGACAAUCAUGCCAGGCUGUUGAAGUUACGCCCAUUGGAACAAAGGACGGAAGAAUGUGUUAUGGCCGGCAUAGGAAUGCGGUCUACUAUUGUCCGCGGCCAGAUGAUCAUCGAGUUAUUCCGCGAUUCCGAAAACGUCUUUGUUCUCAAUAAUUUGCCGGUAUCCAUGCACUGGUUUUUAAGGAAGCUAUACUCGCAGGAGUUCUUGCAAACACAACUACCAUACCAGUUGUUCUACAAAUCGAGACUCUACGAUUACGGUAUCCGGGACAAGAAGCGGCAGACCGCUUACUGGUCGGAGCUCAGACGACUCCGUAAUGCGCAUAGUCACUGCGGAAUGGAAUGCAAGUUGAACCGCACACAAGACUUUUCGAAUGAUAUGAUAUUUGUACUAAAACCUGAUCGAUAUGCUAGUAUCCAGUGGACGAUGAACAAAACCGAUGGCGGAGAGAAUGUAUCUCCCGAUCCGGCAGAAUACCAGUAUUUCAAUAAUGCCCACGUGCUGCUCUUAGAUUCGGUGGACUACUGGGACGACCGCCGGGAACCAGUGCGUAAAUGCCCAUUUUCAGAAGCCAGAGGUUCAGAUUUUCAGAAACGUUGGAAACGUAAUCGCCCUGUUGGUUGUGUGACUGGAUAUGGUGUGACAAGAACGGCGCGGAUAUCGCAAUUAACGAGACAAGUAUCGAAAUACUUAGAGAACCACUACAGCCAGUUCCCAUUCUGCAAUCAUAUCUGUACCAUCGACAGUCUGCAGUAAUCCGUCGCAUUUUGGCGUCCCAUUUUAGAGACAGCGGUGGAGACUUCCUUUUUUGUGACCGCCAUGCAAGGGCUACCAUGCUGUUAAAGCAGCUUUCAUUACAACGGAGAAGUGAGGAAUGUAUAAUGGCCGGUAUCGGAAUGCGAUCAACUGUUGCUCACGACCAUACAGUGAUCGAGUUGUUUCUUCCUAAUGACCGUAAUAAGGUCUGUUCUUUCAAUAAUUUACCGCUAUCCAUGCACGAGUUCUUGAAGACGCUGUAUUCGAGACCGUUUUUGCGAAAGCAGCUACGGUACGAGUUGUUCUACAAAUCGAAGCUCUACGAUCACGGUAUCCAAGAUGAGGAGCGGCAGACCAUUUAUUGGUCGGAACUGAGACGACUUAGAAAAGCGCACACAUACUGCGGAACGGGAUGCAUACUGAAUCGCACGGAAGGUUUUUCAGAGGACCUGACAUUUAUACUCACACCCUAUGAUCGUCCAAGUAUCCAGUGGACUAUGAACAAAAUGAACAGCGAAGGAAACGUCGUUCCUGAUCCAGCAGAAUACGAGUAUUUCAACAAUGCCAAUGUGUUGUUGCUAGAUUCAGCAGACUUCUGGACCGACAGCCGUGAGCCAGUGCUGAAAUGCCCUUUUGCAACAAGGGAUACUUAGGCAAUUCGAUGCGGUUACAUUGUACUGGCCACUCAUUGUGCAAGAGGUCUUACAACAGAUUCCAUACCGCACAACCAUUAUAUUACUCGUAGUUUUUAUCAGUCCGAAGCAUUUCCGACACAAACACUACAUUUUCGCACAUCAGCGCAGUACCUAUCAAUCCGCUGUUUUAGAAGCGGUGUUUUUCUAGGGAGUAACGUUUACAAAAGGAAGUACCGUAAGAAUAACUACCGUCAAAAUACUGUAAAUGUACGUGAACAGGCGAUCGUUUUUUGUGGUCUUUUUGUGUUUAGCCAUG